UGUGUCCAAUCAGACAGGAUGAGUGGGUGAUGCAACGUUCCCUCACUGGAGGGUGAGCCGAGCGCUGCAGUGUACCGGCGCUGUUCCCCGCCCUCCUCGCACUCCCUAUAAAGCCACUCUCUCUUGACAGGAGAAUACUGAAUACUGAACUCAGUGCUAGUGGAAGCAACGCGAGCCCUGGCCAGGUGAAGCAAGGAAAAAAAAAGCGUGCUGUUCUUAUCUAUUAUCUGCUUCCUCGAAGCCCACGGUUCAACAGGCAGAGAGCAUUUAGACAGAACAAUUAAACGGGGGCAUCAUUUCAGGCUAGAGUGAACAGAAGAUAGAAGUGCUGAAGACACCACUGACCAGCCUGGGGACCAGGAUGAAGCUGACUGAAGGACGUCACGAAGCUCUGGCGGCGCCUCCUGCCACAGUCGCAUUGCCGACUCCAGUGGCCAAUACCACAGAGGCAGUGGCCAGCCCGGAGGGGGGCAAGCAAGAUGGGUUUUCGAAGGUGAAGGAGAAAUUCAUGAACGAGCUCAACAAAAUUCCACUACCUCCCUGGGCAUUGGUUGCUAUCGCCAUUGUUGCCGUCUUACUGGUCCUCACCUGCUGCUUCUGCGUCUGCAAGAAAUGCCUGCUGAAGAAGAAGAACAAGAAGAAGGGAAAGGAAAAGGGAGGAAAGAACGCCAUGACCAUGAAGGACGUAAAGGAGAUGGGAAAGUCCGGCAAAGACCAGGCUUUGAAGGAUGAAGAUGAUGAUGCGGAGACAGGACUAACGGCGGAUGGGAAGGAAGAGGAGAAAGAAGAGGAGAAACUGGGCAAGCUCCAGUUUUCGUUGGAUUAUGACUUUCAGAACAACCAGCUAAUCGUGGGGAUUAUUCAAGCUGCUGAGCUUCCAGCCCUCGACAUGGGAGGCACAUCCGAUCCCUACGUGAAGGUCUUCCUCCUGCCCGACAAGAAAAAGAAGUACGAGACUAAAGUCCACCGGAAGACCUUGAACCCAGUUUUUAAUGAGUCCUUCAUCUUCAAGAUUCCAUACUCCGAACUCGGGGGGAAAACGCUUGUGAUGGCUGUAUAUGACUUUGAUCGAUUCUCCAAGCACGACGUCAUCGGGGAGGUGAAGGUGCCGAUGAACACGGUGGACUUUGGCCAUGUCACCGAGGAGUGGCGGGACCUGCAGGGAGCCGAGAAAGAGGAGCAAGAGAAGCUGGGCGAUAUUUGUUUCUCCCUCCGCUACGUCCCGACUGCUGGGAAAUUGACUGUUGUCAUCCUGGAGGCAAAGAACCUGAAGAAGAUGGAUGUGGGAGGUUUAUCAGAUCCCUAUGUGAAGAUUCACCUGAUGCAGAAUGGCAAGAGACUGAAGAAAAAGAAAACUACUAUCAAGAAAAACACUCUUAACCCAUACUACAAUGAGUCCUUCAGCUUUGAAGUACCGUUCGAGCAGAUACAGAAAGUGCAGGUUGUAGUCACCGUCCUGGACUACGACAAGAUCGGCAAGAAUGACGCCAUCGGCAAAGUGUUCGUGGGCUAUAACAGCACCGCCGCAGAGCUCCGCCACUGGUCGGACAUGCUGGCCAACCCGAGGAGGCCUAUUGCACAGUGGCACACCUUGCAGCCCGAGGAAGAGGUCGACGUCGCCCUCGGAAUGAAGAAAUGAGAAGCCUUUCAAUGUCCCCCUUCUCGUGCCCAUGUGUCAGUGUGAUGUAGAUACCUCAGUCCCAAACCAUCCACAUGGUUCCAUCUCCAAGUUCUCUCUCCCUCCAUCAACCCCCACCCCCCUCAUUAUUGUGGCCUGGUUAAAAUAAGUUCUUUUAGGACACAUCAUCCUAUUGGCAUUGUCCACUCUCAUCACCCUUUUAAGCAAUAUGAUCUGUGUAGAUGGAGCAUGAUUCAAAUUAUGUAUCUCACAGUUGUAUAUAUAUAUGCACCCAUAAAGCAAAAGAUUAUUUCUAGUCUGCGUGUUUGUAUGUUGUUAGCAUUUCUUAUUCUGUGUAUUGUUUUUAAUAAGAUGUUCUAUUUUAAACUAUAUAAAUUGACUGAAAAAUAGGAAGGUCGAUGCUAUAUAUUAUGGUUACAUAUUUCUCCUGCAUUCCAGCUAUUUCCUUCUUGUGAAGCCAAGAUGGGAAUAGACCUUAGUGAAGAUAAGUGAAGAUCACACAAAAAAUAUAUUUGAACCAGGUGGUCUAGUGCCAGCACUGUGCUGUGUACUAGGCACCGACUUUGGGAGGACUUGCUAAAUGUUUUUCAUGUUACAAUGUAGUCAGUGGCACUAUUAUAAAGCUAUUUGUCAUUCCAUUAGAGUCUAAAGGACUGUUCUGUGUAUCACUGUGACUGCCUGCGUGCUUAGGGAAGCGAGAUAGCUACAAGUUUACUCGAUAGCAAUUCUGAUUUAAGCGUGUGGGUCCGUUUUAGUUUCCUGCCCAAUUAAUCAUUCCUUUCUGCUGCCCUGUCAGGUUACACACAGCUCUGUACAAACUCCGAGGACCAAUCCAAGAGAGCUGUGUCCCAUUCCCAAGGG